AUGAAUACGUCGAUGAAUACGUCGUAUACUUUAGAACAGGAGGAUUAUGAUGAAUUCGUGAGAUCCGGGAUUCCUAUCACCGCUUUUCUGAUACUCUCAUGUAUCUUUGGUACGAUUGGAAAUGUUCACGUGUUUUUGGUUUAUUUGCUCAGAUACAAAGCAAAUAUGUACAAAAAGUUGGUACUGUGUUUGACUGCAGUGGAUUUUGUAGGGUGUACGUUCUGCAUUCCAGCCUCACUGUAUAUUAUCAGAAACAUCUACUCGGUUCAGUCUUCUGUUUUCUGUAAGUUGUACUUCGCAACCAUGAACCUUGUAGGAACUUUAUCGUUGGUACUUUUGAAUGGCAUAGCUGUGGAACGUUAUAGGAAAAUAUGUCAAAAGACUCCUACCCAUUUUAGCCAGCGAACAACUCGCGUUUUCUGUGGAUUAAUCCUCGUUGCCAUGAUCACCUUAUUUUUCAUCCCCUCAUUCUUCAUGUUUGGUAUUAACCAGGAGACAACAAAGGUUCAUUCACUGCCCAGUUAUAGAUGUGCUGUGUCGAAUCAUCUGAGGAAUUCAACGUUUGUACACGUAUAUGGAGGGUUUCUGCUACUAUCCUUUCUCAUCAACUUAACAAUUUCAAUUGUGUCGUACAUUUUGAUUGGUAGAAGGAUCUACAUUCAUCAGAAAAACAAUAUGGCUAUUUCUCCACAAACAACGAGUUUAAAGGACACGGCAAGAGAUACUGCAGUCUCUUCAAUACCUAACACAAUGAAUGAGAGAAAGAGAAAGAAGCUUGACAAAAGUAGAAACACUAUCAAGGUAUUUCUAGUCGUGUCAAUGAUCUCCUUUGGUGUUUACCUCCCUUACCUGUUAACAGCCGUGAUUCGGAAUGUCAACCAACGUCUCUAUCAAAACUUUAUAGCUAACUAUGGGCCCCUACCCUACUUUAUUACUUGGAUGAUUUUCCUUAACAAUGCUAUUAAUCCACUCGUGUAUGGUUUUAUGGAUAAAAAAUUCCGACAGGAGCUGUCGGCAUUGUACAUUCAAAUGAAACUCUGUUGUUUUGCUUGUUGUAGGCGUGGUUAA